UCUUUAAUGAACCAAAGGAAAGCCAGUAAUUUCAUUAAAGCUUUCCUGUGACUGAAAGGGCUUGGCCUGGAAAGGCCGUAAAUGUUAUAAUCUGAGGGUGAGAGAGGAGGGGUAGGGGCAAAUGAUAUAACUUGGUCUGAGUGCAGUUUUGAAAAGAAAGUGUUUAGCAGCAGGAAGGGUCCGCCCAGCCGCCGCCCUCUUCCCUUCCCCACUCUUAAUGUGGAGCGAAGCACAGAAAAUUGCUCAUUUUAUCUGAAGUUCAUAAAAUGUAACCAGGCGAGCUGUACUUUCACUUCCUAACUCUGGCAGCCCUGGGGAGCGGCGCCCGGCGACCCCCAAACCUCUAGGGCUCCCGCCCGCCCGCGGGGUCAAAUUCCAGGCCCGCCUCGCGCCGGCCGCCCGGGAAUGCGGAAGGGCCGUGGGACCCGCCGCGGACGGCGGGGGAGGAGGACGGGCUGCAGGGUCCCAACCGCGCCGCACCCGCUUCAUACCGCGCGGGCGGUGGGACCCAACUGAAACCCAGCCCGGGGCCGGCGGCCCCAGCCCGAUCCCCGGCGGACAAGGCAGACGCGAUCCCCUCCCGCGCGAGAACUGUGAGGCAUUCCCCCCCCUGGCAGAGUUGGAUCCCGCCGCGCCUUCCGGUGCGCCUUCCGGUUCGCCUCCCGAGGCAGGAAGUGCCGGCGUCGCCGCUGUUGCUCCCGCAGUUCCUCCCGCAGCUCCGCACUCGUAGCCUCCGCUCGUUUCGCUCAGGAAGUCCGGGUUCUGGUUCUGGUAUUUGGCCGCGAAUUAAACUGCCACCAUGUCGAGCAAAAAGGCAAAGACCAAGACCACCAAGAAGCGCCCCCAGCGCGCAACUUCCAAUGUGUUUGCCAUGUUUGACCAGUCACAGAUUCAGGAGUUCAAGGAGGCCUUCAACAUGAUCGAUCAGAACAGAGAUGGUUUCAUCGACAAGGAAGACUUGCAUGACAUGCUUGCUUCUCUAGGGAAGAACCCAACUGACGCAUACCUCGACGCCAUGAUGAACGAGGCUCCGGGGCCCAUUAACUUCACCAUGUUCCUCACCAUGUUUGGGGAGAAGUUAAAUGGCACAGACCCAGAAGACGUCAUCAGAAACGCUUUUGCUUGCUUUGACGAAGAAGCAACUGGCACCAUUCAGGAGGACUACCUGAGGGAGCUGCUGACCACGAUGGGAGAUCGGUUCACAGAUGAGGAGGUGGAUGAGCUGUACAGAGAAGCACCUAUUGACAAAAAGGGGAACUUCAAUUACAUCGAGUUCACCCGCAUCCUUAAGCAUGGAGCGAAAGACAAAGACGACUGAAAAAACUUUAGCUAAGACCUUCUAAUUACUUUGUGUUAUUCCGUUUUAUUUCCCAGACACUCCCCCCACCCCCUGUAGACCUGUUGCAUGCAACUUAGUUUCACAGCUUUGCCUCUUUUUUUGAUGUAUUUAUUCUAGACCUUUCUGCCACUUAGCACUUGUAUAAUCAGACUACAAAUGGGGAUGAGGUUGUAAAUUGUAUUGCAAAAGCGAUUGCGAAUAAAAAUCAACAAAUGUGAAAGCCCAGGAAAAUAUAUCCGGUAUUUCUGGUUUUGCUGGAUUUUUACAUUUUUAUAUAAUAAAAAUGCUAUUUUGAAAUAAAGA